AUGACCCAAACAAACUACGAAAGAAGAAAAAGAUUAAGAAGACAAAGGGCUAGACGAAAGAAGAGAAUUAGACAAAUUAUUUCAGUUUCAAUUUUUGUCUUAAUACUUAUUUUUAUAUUUUCAAAAAUCUUUUCUGGAGUAAAAAACUCAAAAGACGCAGAAGUUUCACCUGCCCUAAUGUGGUACUACACAAAUGAAAUUUAUAAGGACAGGCCAAGACCAAUCUUUUAUGAAAAAGAAUACAUCUCUAAUAUUGCCUUGGACAAACUAGAUCAACUGGAAAAUGAAUUUAUAGUCAAGGGAUCCAAUCACCUAAAGAAGGUUGACAAGUAUGCCUAUGACGCAAAAAAAAUUCGUGACUUCACAGUCCACCAAAACUACAAGGGUAAUAAGAAAAUUGUAUUCUUGACCUUUGACGAUGGACCAAAUAAUGAAAUUACUCCACAAGUUCUAGAUACGUUAAAGAAGGAAAAUGUCAGAGCAACUUUCUUCCUUGUCGGCAAGUCUAUUGGCGACAAGACUGCAGGACGUAUAAGAGAAAUUCUAGCAAAUGGUAACACCAUUGGUACUCACUCCUUCUCCCACGACUAUGACUACCUCUACCCAGGAAGAACUGUAAAUGUGGAAAGAGUUUAUGAUGAAAUAGAAAAGACUAAUGAAAGACUUAAAAAUAUUUUAGGUGAUGAUUUUCAUUCAAAGGUCUUUAGGUAUCCAGGCGGCGAAAUGUCAUGGAACAAUAUUGAAGCUUCCGAUUCAUAUCUAGCAUCAAAAGAUAUAAAUUGGAUUGACUGGAACUGCCUUGUUGGUGAUGCAGAGAAAAAAUCUGUGAGACCAACAACAAUCCAAGGUCAAAUCGAAUAUCUUGACAAGUCACUUAACGAAAAUAAGAACACAAAGAUUGCAGUUGUUCUUGCUCACGAUGCAACAAACAAGCAACUAACAGCUGACUCUCUAUCAGAAGUUAUAAAAUACUUUAGAGACAGGGACUAUGAAUUUGGACUUUUAAAAUAA